GCCGGAGACCCUCGUCGGCCCGUUUCUCACCGCUUUCUUCCCACCCUUCUGCCUAGCUCCACCCAGGCCCGGAUCCCGGCCCCUCCGCCCAUGGUGCCGGGGCCCAGCCUCACACUGGCCGCAGGCUCAGUCCUCGCUCCCGGCCGGCGCGCGCCCCCCAGCAACGCGCCCCGGCCCCGGAUGCAGCCUUCUGGCUGGGUGGCGGCCCGGGAGGCGGCCGGCCGCGACGUGCUGGCCGCCGACCUCCGGUGCAGCCUCUUCGCCUCGGCGCUGCAGAGCUACAAGCGGGACUCGGUGCUGCGGCCCUUCCCGGCGUCCUACGCCCGCCAGGACUGCAAGGACUUCGAGGCCCUGCUUGCAGAUGCCAGCCUGCUACCCAACUUGAAGGAACUUCUCUUGUCUUCCGGAGACAAAGACAAGCGGGCCUGGGACCUGGUGAGCUGGAUUCUGUCCUCCAAGGGCCUGACAAUCCACAGCGCAGGGAAAGCAGAGUUUGAAAAGAUCCGAAAGCUGACGGGCGCCCCUCACACCCCUGUCCCCACGCCGGACUUCCUGUUUGAGCUCGAGUAUUCCGACCCAGCCAAUGCCAAAUUCUAUGAGACCAAAGGAGAACGGGACCUGCUCUACGCCUUCCACGGGAGCCGCCUGGAAAACUUCCACUCCAUCGUCCACAAUGGCCUGCACUGCCACCUGAACAAGACGUCCUUGUUCGGGGAGGGGACCUACCUCACCAGUGACUUGAGCCUGGCCCUCAUUUACAGCCCCCACGGCCAUGGGUGGCAGCGCAGCCUCCUUGGCCCCCUCCUCAGCUGUGUGGCUGUGUGCGAAGUCAUUGACCACCCAGAUGUCAAGUGCCAAACCAAAAAGAAAGAUUCCAAGGAGCUAGAUCGCAGGAGAGCGAGGAUCAAACACAGUGAAGGGGGAGACAUCCCUCCAAAGUACUUUGUGGUCACCAACAACCAGCUCCUGCGAGUAAAGUACCUGCUGGUCUACUCGCAGAAGCAGCCCAAGAGGGCAUCCAGCCAGCUGGCCUGGUUUUCUAGCCAUUGGUUUAUGGUCCUGAUAUCCCUGUAUCUGCUGCUGCUGCUCAUAGUGAGCGCCAUCAACUCCUCUACCUUCCAACACUUCUGGAAUCGGGAGAAGAGAUAAUCUCUCUGGGCCUGGUGUGGGAGCCGUCUUGACCACGUGCCUUAGGAGAAUCUGCCCCAUGCCUCUGCCCCUUUCAUCCAGCCAGGCCGACCCUGGGGGCCAACUGGGGGCCCGUGGACCACUCUGUAUGCCAUCAAUGUGGCGUUGACUCUGAUGAUGCUCCCAGCCACAAUGUGGUCUCUCGUGCUCACGUUUUGUGGGAGCCCCCAUGUCUGCUCCUUCUCAAUUAGUCCUGGGGAGGUGGCUUCCCAGCUGGGGCCCAGGGGAAGGCCAGCCCCAUUUGAAAACAGUGUCCACGCCAUCAGUGCUCCUGGCAGCAAGUGGCCAACCCUUGAUCGCCUUGUUUUGACUGAGACAUCCAAGAGGAACAGUCAUGGUUCAAUGGGCUUGCUUUUGAGUUCCAUCAGCCUUUGUAUGUGAACGCAAAACAUCUUUCACGGUUUUCUCAGAUCAACAGAAACAGCCUUUUGUUCCAGCUCUGCUCCCCACCCCAACCCGCACCCGCCCCCAAACCACAGGCUGAUAAAGGAAGAAUUUCAGAGGUGUGGUAAAAAAAAAACCAACCCUAAACUUAACAUCUUUUUGUAAAAAUUACCAAUGGCUGUUUACAGCUGCAAAUGGAAUCAAGUGUUUUUAAUUUGGGGGGGAAGCUUUUUGACAAAUUAGGCUUUGUGAGGUGAUGGAAAUGGGGUGUCUAAACAUAGGGUACCAUCUGGCCAGUGGCUGGUUUUUCGAGAAAGGGCUCUGAGCUGCAGGCUGGCCCUCCUGCUCUUCUUAGGAAGCGGCCCUGACUGCAGCCUGCCUGGCCCCCAAGCCCUUGGGACUGCUGGGCUAGGGGACAGAGGCCGCCAGCUGUGCAUGGAGCUUCCCUGGGUGUGUGUGUGUGUGUGUGUGUGUGUGUGUGUGUGUGUCACAGGCUGGUGGCUGAAAAUGAGGAGGAAGAGCCUGUGCCCAGCCAGCCAUGGCCCUCUUGGCCCCCUCCUUCUGGCAGGGUGUCAGCCUCGGAGGAACCCAGUCUGAUCCAAGAGUGAGAUUUCUGUAGAGGAGGAGGAAAAUAAUUUUUCUAUAAUUUGUAAAAUUGUGAGAAAGCAACUUUCAUGAUUUCUACAUUGACUGCCAGACCAUUUCAAAGACAAUAAAAGCACUUUCCAACUGA